AUGGAGAAUGACCCGGAUAAGAAAAGUACGUUAGCUUCAACUUCAGACACAGAAAUGAAACCUCAACAACUGCCUACUUGUGUGAACCCUGGCAAUCCUGUGUUUUCAUGUAUGUUGGAUCCAAAAACACUCCAUACAGCUACCUCACUAUCAGAGCCCAAGAUGAUUAUGUAUAAAACCAAUUCAAGUACUUAUGGUGAAUUUUUACCUAUUCCACAGUUUUUCCCCUGCAUUUAUAUUCCAAAAGAGCAAGAAUUUUCAAGACACAUCAGACUUACGGGACUUUAUCAAAAUAACACUCUAAAUACUGCACCUGACAGAACUAGAACCCUUGACUUUCCUAAUUUUCAACAUACUCUAUGA